GCUGCCGGCCGGAGAAGACAUGGCGGCGUCUGCGUCGGCAGCUGCCGGGGAGGAGGACUGGGUCCUUCCCUCUGAAGUCGAAGUGUUAGAGUCUAUCUAUCUGGAUGAACUACAGGUGAUUAAAGGAAAUGGCAGAUCUUCACCAUGGGAGAUCUUCAUCACUCUGCACCCUGCCACUGCAGAGGACCAAGAUUCACAGUAUGUUUGCUUUACUCUGGUGCUUCAGGUCCCAGUGCAGUAUCCCCAAGAGGUGCCACAGAUAUCUAUCCGUAACCCCCGAGGACUCUCAGAUGAGCAGAUCCACAAGAUCUCACAAGCACUGGGCCACGUGGCCAAGGCAGGACUGGGCACUGCCAUGCUCUAUGAACUAAUUGAGAAAGGGAAAGAAAUUCUCACAGAUAACAACAUCCCCCAUGGCCAGUGUGUCAUCUGUCUCUAUGGCUUUCAGGACAAGGAAGCCUUUACCAAAACGCCCUGUUACCACUACUUCCACUGCCACUGUCUUGCUCGAUAUAUCCAACACAUGGAGCAAGAGCUGAAGGCUCAAGGACAGGAGCAGGAACAGGAACGGCAGCAUGCUGCCACCAAACAGAAAGCAGUCGGUGUGCAGUGUCCUGUGUGCAGAGAGCCUCUCGUGUAUGAUCUUGCAUCACUGAAAGCAGCCCCUGAACCCCAACAACCCAUGGAGUUGUACCAACCUAGCGCAGAGAGCUUGCGUCAGCAGGAAGAGCUAAAGCGACUUUAUCAGAGGCAGCAGGAACGGGGUGGCAUCAUUGACCUUGAGGCUGAGCGGAACCGGUAUUUCAUCAGCCUUCAGCAGCCUCCUGCCCCUGUGGAAGCUGAGUCAGCCGUGGAUGUUUCCAGAGGAUUCCACCCACCUAAUGCCCUUGCCACAGAACAGUCCAACUCACCAGCUGCCCAGCCAACCCUGCCAACUCCUCUUUCUAUGGCUACCCAGUAUACGUGUGAGAAGUUCCCAGGGACUGGGCCAAAUCAACAGAGGUUGGGUGAGACCCAGAAAGCUACUCUAGAUACCCCCGGGUCCAGUCAAAGCCCCUGGCGACAGCCUAGUCGGAGGCACCUGAAGGGAGGGGAGUGCUGUGCUCCCAAAGAUACCAGUGAUUCCCAGGAACUACCACCUCCUGAGAGGCCCCUCAAAGAGCCUUUGGACCUAAAGCUGGAAUCCCAUAACCAAGGGGUUGAAGGUCCGCCCCAAGAGAAGGGGCCUGGCAGCUGGCAGGGUCCCCCACCCCGCAGGACUCGGGACUUUGCUCGCUGGGAGCGCUCCAAAGGCCGGACAGCGGGUUCUUCCUACCCUCGCCUGCCUCGGGGUCAGGGAGCAUACCGGCCUGGUACUCGGAGGGAGCCCCUGGGCCUGGAAUCUGAAGAUGGUUCCUAGCACUAUUGUGGGGGGACAGGGAAUUGGGGGUGGAUGGGAAGCAAUAAAGAAAUUAAGCCUUGUUCA